UGAUGAAAUAUUGCCAACUAUGAAAGUAAAGUCACCGUCCCAGCAGAGUACAGAAUGGCCACAACAACAACAACAGUACAUACAAAAAGUGCAACAUCACAACACAACACAAUCUCCCAAAACCAAACAUAACAAACCCUUCUACUUUAAGUUACCUCAUUUCAGUUUUCAACUCUUUCUCUUUCUCUUUCUUCUUGAUUUGGAUCAUCAUUUCUUUUUAUGGUUCUUUAAUUUUGGAGUUACAUAGAUCUUAGCUCAGUUUCAUUUCUUUAGAACUCUUUCAAUAGAGAUAAAGGGUCAAACCAAAACGUACAAGUUGCAUUUAUAUCUCAACUGAAAGAUUUUUCUUUUCUGAGUUUCUCAGCUGAAAAAUAGCUUAUUUUGAAGUUUCACCCACCUUCAAAGAUUGUAUCUUUCUCAUGAAGGAGUAAUCAGGAGGUGGGUCCCAUUUCUUGUCAUAUCAUAUGUACCUUACAUAGCUGCAAAGUUAAAAUCUUAGGCAUUAGGGUGUUGAUUGAUGCAGAUUUAAAAAACUAUGCUUUAUCCUGUUGAAAAUCAUGGACCCUCCUUUUUGUUUAAAUGUUAGCUAUAAUUGUUAAAAGGGUAGUUUUUUUUGGGUUCUGUUGCGAAGAUUUGUGAGGUUCUUGCUACUUAGGGCUUUAUAGGGAUCUUGGUUUUUAUGCACUUGAAGUGAAAAAGUUCUUUUAUAUUAUUAGUGUUAGAAAGAGUAUGAGGAAAUAUGUUGGUUCUCAUUCAGGAAGGAUGUUUAGUGACAAGAAAUGGAUUAUCCCAUUUUUCGCAAGUUUGUUGGUAUCUGUGAGCUUGCUUCUGACAGCGAUUCUUGGCGAAUUUAGUUCUGCCGGUGGGGGAGAGGAGUUGCCGCUGGUUGACGUCAUUUCGUUUAAGGGAGACGAUUCCAGAGGUUUAUUUGUGGAGUCGGAUUUGGAAAGGUCUAUUAAUGCAAGUGUGGUUGUGAAAAUGAAGGCGCCUAAGUUUGCGUAUCUUAUUUCGGGCACAAAGGGUGAUAGUCAUAGGAUGAUGAGGACAUUAGAGGCAGUUUAUCACCCGAGAAAUCAGUAUGUUUUGCAUUUAGAUCUUGAGGCGCCGCCUCGGGAGAGGUUGGAAUUGGCAAAUGCGGUGAAAGCUGAUCCGGUGUUCAGGGAAGUGGAGAAUGUGCGUGUUAUGUCUCAAUCCAAUUUGGUUACUUAUAAGGGUCCUACAAUGAUCGCGUGCACUCUUCAAGCGAUUGCUAUACUGUUGAAGGAGAGUUCUGAGUGGGACUGGUUUAUAAACCUCAGUGCCUCCGAUUAUCCUCUUGUGACACAGGAUGAUAUGCUUCAUGUUUUCUCUAAUCUGUCAAGAGAUCUUAAUUUCAUCGAACAUACACGCCUAUCCGGUUGGAAAUUGAACCAAAGAGCAAGGCCCAUUAUUAUUGAUCCCGCCUUUUACUUAUCAAAGAAAUCUGAUUUAGCAGUGACUAGUCAAAAAAGAACACUUCCUACGGCUUUCAAAUUGUUCACCGGUUCAGCUUGGGUUGUACUAACACGGUCUUUUGUGGAGUACUGCAUAUGGGGAUGGGAUAACUUUCCACGGACUAUGCUUAUGUAUUAUACAAAUUUUGUCUCUUCGCCAGAGGGAUAUUUUCACACUGUCAUUUGCAACACUCAGAAAUUUCGGCACACAGCAAUAAGCCACGAUCUUCAUUACAUUGCUUGGGACAGUCCACCAAAGCAACAUCCCAUGUCUCUAACUAUGAAGAACUUCGACAAAAUGGCCAAGAGCAAUGCUCCCUUUGCCCGAAAAUUUGCAAGGGAUGAUCCAGUCCUAGACAAGAUUGACAAAGAACUUUUGGGGCGCACACAUAGGUUUUCGCCAGGUGCAUGGUGUAUUGGGUCAUCAGAUGGUGGAGCAGACCCGUGCUCUUUGCGUGGCAAUGAUACAGUGUUUAGGCCAGGACCUGGUGCUGACAAGCUACAUGAGCUGCUUCAGGUGCUGUUAUCUGAUGAAUUUCGAAGCAAACAGUGUUUGUGACAAUGGGGUACACUACAAAUUGGGUAAUGUCAAGUGUACAUAAUGUGGCUAUAUAUCAUAUAUAUCUGAUACAAAAAAUUGGAAUUUUGUAUUCCAUAAUAUAGGUUCAUAGUAAGAAGCAACAAGCACUUACGGUAGUAGUUUUUUGGUGCUUGUUUAGGUUUAGUUUCGCCAAUUUGAGCCAACCAUUUGUUAUAACAACCUUAUUUUUGUUGAGUUACAAAAAGCAAUCAAGUUUCAUUUUCAUAGCAGA